AUGGUGGAGAGAGGACACUGGGACAGUAAGGCAGAAUUUCUCUUGGCUGCAGCGGGUAAUGUUGUUGGCCUGGGCAAUGUGUGGAGAUUUCCUUACCUCUGCUACAAAAACGGAGGUGGUGCAUUCUUGGUGCCAUAUCUAGUAUUUGUGGUGACAUGUGGUGUACCCAUGUUUCUGCUGGAAACCACUAUUGGUCAGUACACACAGGAGGGGAGCAUCACCUGCUGGAGAAAGCUUUGCCCGCUGGCAGAAGGUAUUGGCUGUGGUGAGGUGUUGGUCCAAUUUUAUGGCUGUAUGACCUACGUCAUUGUUCUAUCCUGGGCUUUGCUCUACUUUGUGUUCUGCUUCAACUCUCAGCUGCCUUGGGCCACCUGUAGCAACUACUGGAACACAGAUGAUUGUGUUGAAAUUUCAAUGCAAAAUAACACCAUCAAAUGGACCAACCAGACCAAUGCAACCUCUGCUGCACUAGAAUUCUGGGAACACCGAGUGUUGGCUCUGUCAGGGGGCAUUGAGGAGCUUGGAAGCAUCAGGUGGGAGGUGCUAUUAUGCCUAAUUGCAGUGUGGAUCAUCUGUUACUUUUGUAUCUGGAAGGGCGUCAAGUCAACAGGAAAGGUGGUUUAUUUCACUGCUACCUUUCCCUAUGUAAUGUUGUUCAUCUUGUUGAUCCGUGGACUUUCGCUUCCUGGAGCUCUACAGGGAGUGAAGUUUUAUCUUCUUCCGGAACCAUCGCGUCUGAUAGACCCUCAGGUUUGGAUGGAGGCCGUGGCUCAGAUCUUCUUCUCAUACAGUUUAUGUGGGGGUACUUUAAAUGUGCUUGGCAGCUACAAUGCCUACAACAACAACUGCUACAAAGACUGUCUGUGGCUGUGUUUACUGAACAGUGGUACUAGUUUGGUUGCUGGCUUUGCGGUCUUCUCUAUCCUGGGAUUCAUGGCUCAUGAACAGGGCGUUCCCAUUGGACAAGUGGCAGAAUCAGGUCCGGGCCUGGCAUUCAUUGCAUACCCUCAGGCUGUAGCCAUGAUGCCUCUCCCUCAACUGUGGGCCGUCUGUUUCUUUGUAAUGGUGAUUCUCCUGGGUCUGGAUACAGCAUUCGUUGGAAUGGAAGGGAUGAAAACAUCCAUCACAGAUAUGUUUCCCCGAUUACUGCGCCGACCAGGGCGACAAGAAUAUUUCCUGCUUCUCUUCUGCCUCAUAUGUUUCUCCUGUCAGCUCAUCAUGAUCACUCAGGGAGGAAUGUACAUGUUCCAGAUGUUUGACUACUAUGCCUGCAAUGGAGUCUGCGUGCUCUUUCUCUGCGUGUUUGAAUGUUUGGCACUGGGCUGGGUAUUUGGUGAGAUGACACCUACACAAAUAACCUUGAGGAUUACAGAUAAAAUGGAGUUUUGUGAUGGUAUAUAUAUAUUUUUUAUUAAACCCUGUCAAUCAAGGUGCAGAGCGGAUUUGUGUCAUCAUAAAGGACAUGGCGGGGGUGCACCCAAAUCCAUUCUUUAA